CGUGAACGUCUCGUAAACGCUAUCCGUGACGCAAUAGGUGACGUCACGCGCUCACACCAAAGUGCUCACGGAGGCUUUCGGACCGGCCUUGAGUGCGCUGUCAACGGUGUGAACGACUAUCGGGCCGCGGACCAGAUUCAAAAGUUGAAAUUAGUUGCCAAAGAUAAACCCUCUGUUAGUUGCGCAUCAGUUGCGCAUCCACUUUUGAUCAGUGUCAUACUCCAUACUAUCAUAUCAGUGUAGGUAUAUGUUUUGUGGUUAUGUUGUGAAUUGUUUUGAAAAAGCGUUUUACAGCAAACUCAUAAAUAUUUCAGAGUUAAAGUUAGAUCGCAAAUAGUUUCUAUAAGCUCAUUUUCCAAUUUAAAACACAGUAAUGUCGAAGCGGAUACUUAGUGCUUUGAACUACCCCCAAGCAGAAUCAUUGAACUUGAAUGAUGAGGCAGCCUUGAGGAGAAUUAUUGCUUGGUUGGAAUUGAAUAUAAUAAAGCAAGCUCCGAAUGUUAUUGCAAAUAAUCUUAAGAACAUAACUGCAAGGGACUGGGAUGAAAUAUACAAUAGAUAUAAAGACUCCUUAGGCUGCCCACCUGUAGGAUCUAAGCUUGAGGAACUACAAUGGAUACUUGGAUAUGCUGCACAAAUUGAAACUAAUGCUAACAGUAGUCUUUACUUGAAGCAUGCUGUGGAAAAUAUGAAAAGCAAGAAUGUUCCAGAUGUGGUAGCUGAAAAUCCUUUGGAUAAACUAAACUUCAGAAGCAAUGAAUUUGUAGAUGGUGUAAAUGAACUGGCGAAAAUUCUGAAUACUGUUCCACACCCAGAUCCAUUGAUUACUCUCAGAGCUGUCAGAAAAGUAAUUGUGAAGAGGAUGGCUCCUGAUUGUGUAGAACAUCCUGAAAAGUACAUUGUCAAGGAUUUUGCCCCAUCCCCCCCCCCCCCCCGAGAAUAUUUGCUACCCCCACUCUUUAAAAAGUUUUGAGGGCUUAUAUGCUUUCAUGAAAAGUUGACUCUGCCAAUGGUUAGUCCUUGGAAAUAUUGGUACACCAUUUCCAUUUGAAGAGCAUGCUCUUGGUUUUGAUCUGAAGGAUUCUGUGUUAAAUAGGGCAGCCAAAAUUAUGAGAAUGAUCUACAUCCAAGACUUGAGAGAACUCCAAACAAGAGCCAAUGAGUUGAUUGUGGCUGUGCAAAACAUCACUGCAAAUCCUAAAACUGAUACUAAACUUGGAAAGGUUGGUUACUAGGAAAACCUCAGUCAACACAAGCAUUCUUUCAAUUAUUACAAUAUGAAAACAAAGAUUGUAAAUUGAAUUUCUUGAAAUUUUCCAUUGGAUGGCUUUGAAGGCAUGACCUUAUUGAACUAUUGACCACGUUUAUCAAAAUGAGUUUGUAUUGUGACUUGUAAUAAAAAAACACAUUUAUGAAUAUAUCACAUCUUAUUAUUAAAUUAUUUAUAAAAAUAAUGAAAUAAGAAUAUCAGUUUUAAA